ACCACACUCAGGUACUGUAUACGUGUCUCAAAGGCAUAGCAUACGUCCAUAUCUAGAGACUCUAGGGUUUUAGCGAGCGAUGUUUGCUGUCCGAUUUGGCAAAGUUUGGACGUUAAAAGCUGCUCCAUGAAGUCGAUGGCGAGGUCUUAGGAAGCUGGUAAUGAGGUUUCACUGACUGAUCUUUGACGAUGGUUACAAAUUGAGACGUUGGGUUGAGUGUAAAGGGCCUAAUAUUAGUAUCAUGAGGUGAAGGCAAAGAAGAAGACAGAGUUGAGUAGGAUUGGUUAUGCCUGAUUGGCUGUUGUGUACUAGUGGAAGGGUGUGGGCGUUUGACACUUCCUAGUAGUUGCCCACAUUGUGGAAGGCUAUUUCUUUUUGAACUAUUUGAAAGAGAAAAGGAUCUGUGUUACCACAGAGCCCAUGAAACGUAUGAUUGAAGCCUGUCACAUAUGGCCUUAUGCGGGAUGUUUUGAGACUUGGUUGUUCUAAUGACGAAUGGAGAAAGUCCAUGCACCUGGCACUGAAAGACUGUGAGGCAGGGAGGCGUGUGCUGUUUUGGGGGUCGACGUUUUCUAAAUCCCAUCCCCUUCCGAUGGGAAAGAUCGCAUCAAGGUGUCACUGCCGUUCAUCUAAGGGAAACACCUUACCGGUCACACCAACGAGCUGGCAGCAGUACGACUUUGCUCUCAGACUUCCGUAAAAGUAUAGUAAUUCACAUUAUAGCGGGAACCACUUUUCGUCUUACCACUAUCCGAUAGACCUUCCUGGGAUAGUAGGACCUCGAGGGAACACAUGUCACAAAGAUGGCUGUCUGGGCCAAGCCCGACCACCACCAUCGACUGGGCAAGCUCUGAGUUCUCUCGUAUUUCUAGGGGGUUGGGUGGAAGACUCUUCGGUGUUCACUUUUUGUCCUGUUAAUUUCAUAUGACGUUUGUCUGGUACAUACGGCAUCGUAGUCUGAAUGUUUCGUUUCGCGAAUGAAAUUAGAUUGAGAAUCCUGAUGAAUACUGUCGUCCACAUAAAACAAAGUUCUUGGUGGUAUAUUCGAUAUUUUCUAUAACACUUUGAUAUCUUGCAUUUGUUAAGCACUCUCGUAACCACAUCCUAAAGUUGAAUAUCUUGGGAACAUUAUCUUAAAAGACUUGGAUUAUGAAUUUAGAAAAGGUGAAUAAGACAGAAAGUCUGUGUUAUGGUAAAAUUGAAGAUCCGUGCCAUUUUCGAAUCUUGGAAGUAUCACUCAAAAGUGAGUGACUUUUGGGAUACUGAAGACAAAAUUUAUUUUUCACUUAAUAAAUACAUGAAGAAUGCAGUCUUCAUGAAAACAUCAACAUUGUUUUGGCGAAAAAACAAUUGGGAUUUGUAACAAUGACGAGGGAGUUAAAACCGUCGUCUUUAUCGAUAAUUGACAACUGGAGUUCAGGAAAAAAAAUCAAGAAUAACUGUGGGUGCCUACAAAUUGGAUUUAAAAAAGGUAAAACUUUAGGUCUUAUUAAUUAUGAAUUAUGUCAUGAAGUCGUAAAACGUGGGGUAGAGCGUGUCUUUUUUCCAGUACCAUCACUGAUCUUCAUAUAACUUAUAAUCAGUCAGGAAUAAUAUUUAAAUCAUUAGGUAGGUAGGUGGUCAAUGAAUUCUUUUCAGUAAUUGUAGGAUUGGACUUUUAUCCACUCUAAGAAGCUGCUCAACCUCGCGUUACGAAAAGCAUUUCCAACAAACUACAGUUAUACAUCAUCCACAGCUGCCGCCUACGUUCACUUGAUACUUAAGAUCAGAUGACCAGAACGAAUAAGCAACAAGGAACUCUGAUCUGAUAAUGAACCAACCAACAACCCAUCACCAAACAAAUAUGCAGAAGAAAGUGGGGAUGAUAUCAUGCGCCUGGCCCUCGAGUGGAACCCGCAUGGGAAACGACGAGUUGGGCGAAAUCGUGUGAGGAAGAAAUGAAAGCUCUUGGGCAGUGGUGGAGCCAGGUUAAAAAGACUACGGAGAAGAGAAUGAAAUGGUGACGUGCUACUGAAACCCUAUGUUCCACUUGGAACUCAAACGACAAAUAAUAAUAAUAACAGUAGUAAUAAGCUGCUCAUCAAUGAUGAUAAUUAUGGAGAUUUAAUUUCAACAUUUGUUGUUGAGCAAUCGAUUUUGGGAAAAACAGGAAGACAAGGGAAACAACUUUCUGCUGUCAUACCCUAUACAGCUAGCAGCAGUACGACUUCAUUCUCAGAUCCCCAUCGAAGUAUAGUAAUUCGCACUACAACGGCAACUACUUUUCAUCUUACCACUAUCUGAAAGACCUUGAGGAAACACGCGUUCCACCAGCAUAGCUGUUUGGGUCAUUGUGAUAUGCAAGCCCGACCACCGCUACAAGGUAGCAAAUGUCGACCGAAUAAGGCCAGUUUAUCGGUUACCAGCUUACGCCAAGUGUUAUGCUGAUGAUAUAUUCGGCUAGUUAUCGAAGAAGGAGUGUACUAUGCAGCGGUCCUCUCUGUCCUGUUGUAAGGGUGACAUACGUGUAUUUAAAGUCGAAGACGUCUAUAGGACAAGAGUUUUCAACCCUGGAUGUUUUCGCAACAUUUUUCGUAUGCUGCUGAAUCACUAUGCAAGAAUUGUUGAUGUAAGUCAUAGAGUACUACGCAUGUAAAGCAAAUCAUUUUAUGAGGUUGUGAACGAUUAUCACGUGAAGUGGCUAAAACAUGUUGCAUAUCCCUAGUCACGGUCGUGUAAGACUUGUGACGAUAAAUGCAGUAGUUUGGAGUUGAAAGAAGGCUAAGGAUGGUCGGACUAAGAAGUCACACUUGUUGAUGAAGUCUCUGACUGUUUAUGUGAGCCGCGUAGACUGUCUAACUGGGGUUGCUGAGGCGUUAGGAGUCAGUAAUUGUAAACUUUUAGCAAUGUAGCUUAAAAUAGACUGCAAUCGCGCAGUUGUUAACCCUUUUUUAUCUUCGGAGUUUUGACGUUUACACUGACCUCCAUCCGUCGCUCCUUACACACCUUUGUCUACUUUCGUUUAAUUCUUCGGUCUUCAUCUUCGGAUUCUCUUGUGAAACGUGGUAAUUUGACUGACACACUUUUGUGCAAAGUUUUAAGGUGAUUCAUCUGUCUGUCGGGUGGAUAGAAACUUUUCUAGAUCAAAUGAAUCAUCAUAUAAUAUAAGAUUAUGAAUUACUAAAUGUGUUUAAAUUUUUAAACAUGUAAUUACCGUCUUAUCUAUAACGUUUCAGGAAUCUAUCUUUCGAUGUUGAAGAAAAUGCAUUGUUCGACUUUUUCGCACAAUUUGGGCCUCUAGAAUUUGCGAAAAUCGUUAAAGAUCCAGCAACACAGCAUUCUCGGGGAACAGCUUUCGUGAAGUUUCUAAAUGUGGACGAUGCGUUAAACGUUUUACAGCAAUCUGCUAGACCUGAGAAUGCUCACCAGUUUGUUCUUGACAAUCGGACGUUGAACAUAUCUAUUGCUGUCUCCAGAUCUGAAGCCGAAAAUUUGCGUAAAAGAAAAUCUGAUAGUGAAUUAAAUAUGUCGGCGGAUACUGCAGCUCCUGCAGAUGUUGUCAAACUGAAGGGACGCAAUCUACACUUAGCAUCUGUUGGAAUUAUUCGUCCGGGAACAGCUGAAGCCAAAGAUUUAAGCAAAGAAGAUUUAGCUAGAAGAGAUGGAUUAUUACGAGAGAAGAAGAUGAAACUUACUGAUCCAAAUUAUUUUAUCAGUGAUAUCCGAUUGUGUUUACGUAAUCUACCUUUAAGUGUAUCAGAUAAUGAUUUAAAAUCUGUAUGCUAUAAAUUUGUGAAGGAUAAAAAGUGUAAAAUUUCAGAGUGUCGUAUUAUGCGUAACCUUCAACCUGGAAGACAACAAUAUCGUUCAUUAGGAUAUGCAUUUGUUACCUUUGACAAUCAUGAGAAUGCUAUGAAAGUAUUAAAUGGUUUAAAUAAUAAUCCGAAUGCUUUUCCACCAAGUAAUCGAAGACCAAUUGUUGAAUUUUCAGUGGAAAAUUUAAGAGCACUACAGUUGAAACAGAAAAGAACCCAAAAGUGUAAUGUUAUACAGUCGAAAAGUAAAGAUGGAACACCAUCACAACCAUCUACAAUGGAUAUUGGAAAGAACUUUAAGUUGAAUAUAUCGUCCUCGUCGAUGACAGAGAUGAUUAAUAAUCCAGAAGUCUAUCAAAAAUUUAAGAAAAAUUUGAAAAAGAAAUCACUUUCAUUAAUAAAGCAUAGUUCACGGAAAUCAGGUCUACCGAAACAUUUCAAUGCAAAAAAACGUCAUCGAAAUCGUGGCUUAUCAUCAUCAAUGAAAAAAAAUACUAACAGUAAACUGAAGCUGAAAACAUCUCGGAAACAGAAACGUCUGAAGAAAACAUAGUGAAUUAUAUGUCUAUACGGUUAACAAUGUAUAAAGAAUAUGUAUAUAUAAUGCAUUAAUUUGCGUCCUGAAUACAAAAAAAUCAUGUUUUUUGAACAAUAUUAUUGUGUUGGUUGUAAAUACACUGUUUUUUUUCUUCC